GCGCUAAGUAUCAAAACUGGAAUAUGCAAUUUCACCAUUACUACUCCUGGUCUGUUUGCGUGUGAAAAGGUUUCCUUUGAGAAGCCUUUCAAUGGCAGGCAGGAUGUGAAAGUUUUCGUUUCCAAAAGCCACACAACAAAGAAUUAUAGUGGUGGAGAUGGCGCGGCUAUUUGGGUGGAAUCUGUGGAUAAUAAAGAAUUUACAGUUUGUGUUUUAGAGUACGGAGAUGGUUCUAGUGGGACUACGAAAGUGAACUGGUUGGCGCUGCAAUCUGUUCCUGUUGGCGCUCAACUAGACACCGUCUCGUUGGAUUCUUGGACUACUGGAGAAAAGUGUAAAAGGAUCGCCUUUGAAAAGGUUACCGCUGUUUCCCCUUGCGUUUUCGUUAAGUUAAUAGUUCUUACUGAUUUAGGUAUUUCUGUUUGCUCAAACCUAGACACAAGAUUUCACUACGUUAUUUUUUGAGCUUUGCUUGACUGAGUGGCUUUAACUUCCUCUUUCUUUAUUUAGCUCGUAGGAGCUGCGGACUUUCCAUUUGACUUCUUCCUUAUAUCUUUAAGUCAUGCCAUAUAACAUUGUUGCAUUAUAAAAUACGAUUCUUUAUAUGUUUACCAAGAUCUUACAUAUAUUGCUACCUCUAUUUUCUUCCAUCAAAGUUAUCUUGCAAUCUGUCCUCCACUUUUCAUGAUCAUUUCAAUUUUUUUAUUUACAUUAAUACAUCUUUAAAAAGCUUUAACAAUCUUCAUAUUUUUGCUAAUUUUUGCUCUAAAAAAUUUAGUGAGAAAGUCUAUAUUUCGAUUCCUUUUGUAUCUACGUUGCCAGGUUCAUGACUAUCGUUUUAUUUGCUGAUUUGCAAAUUCUGUUUUUAAUUCGUAAAACUGUUCUUAGUUGUUUAUCAUCUGCACUAGGAAAUUCCAUCCAAUUUGCUUCUUUCAAGUUCAAAAUGAUUUUUUCUAUCACUCUUCCAUCGUUUUAUAUCAUACCCUUGUUUGUUUGAAAAAGAAAUGUAAUUAAUUAUUUUUUUUUUUCCCUUUUACUUUUUCAGCGUUUCUCAAUUCCUCCGAGCAUCUACGUAACAGCUCGUCACCAAAUUCUCAAGAGACCUCAGGACGCCUUGGCCUUGUGGGUAGAGGAUGUACGCAGAGAUAGUUUUAAGGUUUGCCUCAGGGAAACUAAGAUUUUUGAUGGUCUGCAUAAAAACAUCAAGGUGGUAAGUGAAUUCCUUUUGUUACCUGUUACAUGUUUGAAAGUAGACUCACACGACAACCAAGCGGUUCCUCCCUUGCUGCAACUUACAGGCGCUGUGCUUUAGCAGAACCCAGUUGCCCCUGAGCUCUACCUUUGCUCUUUGCCUACUAGGAAAUCGUAGCUUUUAUCAUAGAGAUCCUAUGUUGGAUACCCUGUGAUUUACACAGGUUCAGAGCAAUGGGCUCCGUUCUCUUAGAAACAACCUUGACUUGAGAAAGAAUAUAUUGAUAACAUUGUUAAUACUUUUUCACUUGUCCUUCAGGACUGGAUAGCAUUUGUGAAGCUGAUGACGCUGAAUUUUACCUUGAUCAAUGGCCUUGUAACAACAAAGAAUAACUCACCACUAAACAAGCAACAAAACAACGCUGUCUGUCAGGUAAAGUAACUAAUGAACUAUAUAUACUGUUUUGGUUUCUCAGUCACUUAUAUUCAUAAAUAGAAAGUCUUUCAUAAGUUCAUGGAGCUCUGAUGUUGUUAUCGUUAACUAUUUAAACAAGAUAUAUCAUAUACCGCAUAUGUGUAGAAAAACUUAAGAACGCUGAUUCUUUUCUUGUUUUUUUAGAUAAUAAAGUUCACUGAUGCUUUCUAUGCCCCUCCGGUAGUAAUGGUUUCACCAAGACUCAGUUACCAUAACAACAACUCUCGUUUCUCGGCUUCCGCAACUUGUAACGCAGUUACUGCGUGGAUUCAGGUAACAAAUAUGAAACUUGGAGCCAUUUUUCUUAGUCGUUGCGUCCUUACGCUGCCUUCUUAUCUUUUCCCUUCUAACUUACUUUUAGAAUUGUCUCUGUUUCAAUUUUUCAUGUCGUUUAAGGAGUCCAAAAAAGUUUUUUUGUUUUGCUUUUUCCGAAUUUUUCCAACUAACCUGUGCACGCCACGGUUUCGCUUUCUAAACGACCUUGGUGUACCUAGUGACAUAGUAGUUAUGGUAAGAAAAUACCUGAUGAUGCUUAAUGAUUGAUAAUCUGAUAAUUCUUAUGAUUGUAUCUAGCAUACCUUUACAAACGAAACCGAGGUGUGUAUGAGAAGAUACAGCAAUAACGCCAAUUAUAAGGACAUCGUACAACUGGAUUACCUGGUGAUUGGAGGUACGUAAACAAUCUAUCAAAACCUUGGUGAAGGCUGUAUGCUGCAGUGUAUCAAGUACAUUUUAUGACAUGAAUCUUUUGAAGUUGUUUGAUGGAGAGCUUUUUUUUUUUUCUAAUUAAUGCUAUUUUUUGUUGUCUCUAUUUUGGGGGAUUGUAGAUUUGGUUGACUGAAAGAACAUGUUACUAAUAUAAUUUCGUCGCAAUAAAUUUGUGUAUUCAAGAAAAUGAGAAUUUUUUUGAAAACUAUUAAGACUAAAUUUCUUUGGCACACUGGUGCUCCUGAUCACGAAAUUAAUAGGCUCAUAUGUGGUGUCAUGAGACAAAAAUUCAGGAACUGAAAAACGAGAUCAUAUGCAUUCUUAUCCUUUUCUUAGAGUCGCCAGUGUUGUUAACUGCAAUGCACCUUAUUGGCAUCUUAAAGCAGUUUCAGUUUGUAAUUAAAGGAAAUUUUUGCAGAGUCUAUACUUGUUUUCUUGCAUCUAAAGUCACGUGUCCCUUAAUUUACGUUAUAGUUUCUUAAUCUACGUCAGAGCCCCUUUUUUUCUGAAAGGGAUCCGAGUGAAGACUUGCACAAAUGGUGUGCCAAAAUGGCGGUAAAUUUGAACGUGUCAAAAAAUUCUCUUUAAUAACAUUGUGUUCAAAGCAAUUUUUUUUUUCGCGCACUUUCUCAUAGUAAUGUGCAUUUUCAAUUCUAAAAAAAAAAUUUUUAAGGUAUGGGCACUUUAAAUCUAAUCUGUUGUUAUUUGCCUAAUUAUCUUCAGACCUGGAUCCCUGCAUAAACGUUACGUGUUAUUAUCACAGCUUCUGUAAGGCGUUUGGACCCCAUGAUGCACGCUGUGUAUGUGUGGAUAGCUGCCCAUCUUACAAAGAACCCGUUUGCUCAUCAAAUGGCACUACGUACGACAACAGAUGUUUGUUUGAAAGAGAAGUUUGUUUACAUCGACUAAACUUUACCGUGCAACAUCGUGGCAGCUGUGAAGGUUAGUACACUUGUUUUUGAAUCUGUUAAAAAGUGAUUUUUGUUUUUAUUAGAUUUCAGUAUCUUAGCGAAUUUUUUGAAUCAGAUAUUUACUUACCCAUGUAAUCUGGAGGGAAAACGGCGAUAGAUGCGUGACUUUAUGGAAGUACAGAAUUUUACGUAAUUUUGCUAAAACGUUUGACAGGGGCAAUGCUAAUAAGAAUACUGGUCAGAAAGAGUGCUGAUACACUUCUGUUUUAAGCAUUUUCAGUCAAUACUCAACGAAAAUAUCUGCUGUUUUUUUUUAUAUAUGUAUCACUGAAGCAAAUUUAAAACUGAUUCUUCUCUCUGAGAUUAGUAGUAUAGUAGUAGUAGUAGUAGUCGUAUGCAUUUCGUACCCGGACGUAGCUCUGCCUAACAUAUCUGGAUAACGUCCUUUCCUAGAGUUAUAUUUUUUUAAGCAUAAUUGGAACUGAACCUUUUCUCUGCGAGAAGUAGUAGCUACGGUAAAUGUUCACUUUCCUUUCCUUUAGCGCUAAAAGGCUUGACCAGUUGCCACCGUGUAAUUCUAAUCUCUCCAUAACUGCUUGCCAUGCUAUUGACCUAAUGCAGUGACAAGCGACACAUUGUCUGCUGUGAACUUUUCCCAGCACUUCUAUGGUAGAGAGUAACAACCCUCUUUCUAAGAAGCACUCAUUUACUGCUAUGUUAGCAUUUUUAAAUGCCCUUUGCUCCGCAUGCUUGUCAUACUAAUCUAUAGUUCAUCUUGAAAUGUGUUUUCUAGGAUUUCCUUUUCAGCGUGGUCGUCGUCACAUGCCACAUAUUUCAUCCUUGGGCUACUCUCACUGUCAUGCCAUUCAUUUCAAACCGUUUGUGUUUUACCCUGACAAACCCAUUCAAGUGCAGAUAACUGUCAAUCAUAUGGAUACCAGUGACAAAUCGUAUGUCCAUGACGCGGUAGUAUCGUGGGUUGAAAAUGUAGAUAACGACGGAUUCACUGCUUGUGUGAUGGCGGCAGGAUAUAACGAACGAAAGUCUUAUGCUAACGUGACAGUUGAUUGGAUGGCGUACCAAGGUGCUCCAGUGGGUGGCGUGACUGGUGAAGUGCGCAUGCCACAGUGGUGGACUGGUACGACUUGUGCGACUGUCAUGUUUCCUACAGUGAGUGGCCUUUGUUGGGUUUUCUUGUCCUUCCCAUUUUUUUCAAGAUCAUAUCUUUUGAAACGCCUCACUUCUACUGAGGUCACUCAGUUAAUAACAGAUCGUUUUUAAUAAGCAUCAGCAGUGAUUUCUCGUAAUGGUGCAGCCGUACACUUAUGACCAUUAGUCGAACAACGUCAUGGUAGUACAAAUUAUUCUUUUACCAAUUUCCAGCAUAUCACAAAUGUCAUGGGUUCCUUUUUGCAAUAAAUACGAAAUUGAUUCCUGAUUUAUUUUUCAGGGAAAAUUCUCUGUGAUGCCGUCGGUAUUUGCGACUGCCAAGCAUUACAAUCCAGGAUUAAAACGUGACGCAGCAAGCGUAUGGAUUGAAGAUGUCACACAAUCAUCCUGUAAAGUUUGCUUGAGAGAAUUUCAAAACUACGCUGGAUCACACCAAGACGUUGUUGUUGUAAGUAACGCCAAUCUCAUGGAAUCGAACGAACAGCGUUUUUCUUUGGAAACUAAGUGCAGCAGACUGGUAUCUUUCUCCAUCUCAUCUUUUCGCUUUUUUACGCUUCCAGCAGUUGGUCCAGCAAGAGAUGCACGAUUUUUUGCUUGAAAAUAUAUUUCCCUCCAUCUGUUUCCUCUUCAUCCGGCAUUGUCAACCCAACCAUGUUAUUGCUUUCUUGUAACCUAAUAUGUCGGUGGCUGUUUUAUAUAAACCUUGUUGAGAGAUUACCAUCUUAUUUUCGACGUUGACACAAUCUUUUGGUAGUUAGGACGUGAGAAUGAAAUAGAAUUCUUUCUUUUUAUUGUUAUUUAUUUAUUUAUUUACUUUAUUUCAGAAUUGGUUAGCGUUUUCAUAUCUUGACGAGCCUCCCUUCUCAGAACACAAUUCGAUUUACUUUUCGAAUGAUAAACCUCCCGCGCAGAGUCACUAUAAUGCCUUCUGCAAGGUCAGUAUUCCAGUCCUUUCAUUAGUCUUAUUGGUUUCAAUUCCCGUCACAGUGCAGUUAAUUUUAUUGAAUAAAUUUACUAUCAGAGAGCAAAAGAAAACGGUUCCCCUAUCAUGUCUGUAGUGAUGGUAGUUGCAUUUAAUCAGUUUAGCAGGCUGCCUGUCAUAUUUCAGUGAAUAUUUAAAAUGAAAAUGAAAUAUAGAUUAUAAAUGCCCUAAUGCGGAACAAGUCUUUACCUUUAUAUAAAUGUCAGAGACUGAAUUUUUACAAUUAUGUAACUUCUUUUGACAGGACGCUUCUUUUACUAAAGUUUAUAACUCAACUCCACAUGUGUUUGUUUCUGCCAAUCAUUCCACCAAAAAUGGAAGUCAGAGUCCAAUUCAUAACAGCAUAGCUGAGUGGGUAGAGGUAUGUUUUUAUUUGUUUAUUUAUCUACUUUUUAAUAUAUUUUGUGAAUUUGUGUAGCAUACCACUUGCAACCACACUUACAUGUGUUGUGUGCAUGUUUAAAAACCUUAUGAAUUUCAAAAUACGAAUGACUGUAACUAACACUGUCUAUUUUACAAUACAGAAUGCGUUCUACUGAGAAUAACAGCUUAUAAAAUACAGAUCGUGCGAAAAACAGCACAAAAGUUAAAUUUUAUGUUUAACUAACGAUCAGGCAUAACCCUUAGCUAGUAAAAUGGCCAUGAAUUAUGGAAAGUCGUUAAAACUGUGUUUAAAAAAAAGUUGUGUAGCUGUAUAGCAGAAGGUAAGCAAAUGUUGUUAAACAAAAAGCAAUGAGCAAACUAAAAUUGGUGUUAAGCAAGAGAGAAUGAGCUAAGAGAGCGAAUCCCUGUGCCCCAUGAUGAUUAUUUGAAAUCUAUUGAAAGUUCCCACGCGUGCGAUGAAGGUUAUUUUUAUCUGCUGUUUCCGUGACGCGCGCGGUCUACUUUCCCGUGAACGCGACAUAUUUCGCCUCCAAACAUUUGAAGUUUGACAGCAGUUACAGCAAUUAUCGCAUGAGAGGUUUAAGUUGUUGACAUGUAAUAACGCGCACUCAAUUGUCCUCUUUCCUCUUCCCUUUGAAGCCCUGUCGUGCAAACUUGUUGAACAGUGUUGAUCACUUCUUAAUAUGCGUCAAACUGAGAAAUAUGGAAAGUCUUCUGGUCAAGACCUACCUGAACUGUUCUAUAGUUUUUUUCCUGCUAGCAAGGGAGAAAAUACGCCGUCCGCCGUCUGUGUAUUUACUUAAUGAGCUGAUAAACAUCCCUUUCUUGCAGUACAUCAACAAGACAGGCUUUCGUGCUUGUGUCAAAGAAUCAUAUGAAGCAAAAUAUGACCCAUUGUCAGUAACGUACACAGUUUUGUCAGGUAAGAGCUCUACUGCUACAAAACUAAUAAACUUCAGUACUUACAAGUCUCUGAAUAAAAAAAAAAUGAAUACAAGCAACACACAAAAGGAAUGCACAAAAACUGGAGGAAAUAAUAAAAAUUGUAUUCGGGUGAUGAUAAAAAACAACGUUCAUCCCUUUUUCCAAAUACCUAUUAAUGUGUAUAAUGGAGUGCUUUAUAGCGGAGCUCUCGCGCGCGAAUCGCACGCAGCGGAGCACCAUGGGUAAAAAAAUGAGAUAAACUACCCAUCCAAGAAAAUUUUGUAAUCACGUGACCGUACUCAGACCGCCUUCCCGCCCCACCGUCCGUCCGCACCAAAGGCAUACCAAUGUAAAAUAAUUCAAUCAACAGGUAUGGCAACCCAAAUGCAACUCAAAGUUGUAUUUGGAAAGAAAUCGCCUGGCCGCCCGGACUUUUAGAAAGAAAAAACAACAACAAAGUCGUUUUUUUUUCGACGUUAUAUUUGAUGUUUACACUCACGUGGAUAACAGAGAAAGAGCUAGAGCGAGUAAUUGAAAACAAAAGAGACGAAUUUUGUAGGAAGAAAACAUGAAAAUUCAAAGCGGCUGUGAGACAAUGAGAAAUGCUAGCGGCCAGCAAGGUGAAAAUGAGCGGCAGUGAAAAAUAAAAGCGAACAUGAACACAGGAGACAAAAUAUUGGGUAAGCACAUACGACCAUUCCUCCACAAAAAUAAUGUGUAACUAGUAAGUUUGACGUUUUAGUCCUACAAAACAGCGUUGUAGUUGUGCAAAACAACUGCAAACAAAGACAAAAAGUGUGCUGCACGUGCAAAUUUGUUCGUUUUUGCUAAUUAGAAAAAAAGAGUCUGCUGCACGUGCAAUUUUUUUUUUUUAUUUUUUUUGCCAAUUAGAUCUUUUGAUCUUGAUGCCAUAUUCAUUGCUGUCCCGUUUAACAUAUUACACCAUUUAAUUUUUUUUGUUUACAAGUAUAGGUGGCUUUCAUGCAAUCUCGGGAGACACAAAUAACAAUGGUGAAAUGAACAAAUGCUGGUGGACAAACAAAGCGAGCUAAUGAGCGAUCUUUUGUUUACCGUCCACCAGCAUGGCGGCGAUGACGUAACGUGAAAACCACCUAUUAUUAACCAGAGUUUCGCUUCUAGCCCUGGCUAAAUCUAUAUAUUAAUACUUGCAGUUGUUUUUCUCUUAUGUAUUGCAUUUAUUAAUUUUGUCCUGAACAAAAAGCUUCUGCUUUUCCAUUUCCUUUUUUAUCGCAAAACCGGAAAUAACAAAAAUGCCCGAAGUAUGUAACUGCUCCUAAAGCCAUACAUUUUAAGCAAUAUCAUUUUGCAGUUCACUAAUUCCUACUUUGUAUACGCGCAGACAUCUCUCCAUCGGGAUGGGAUUACUUCAAUGGAUACUGCUAUUUAACAAGCUCUGUAUGCGCACCUUGGGUGACUGCUGUGUCCAACUGUUCAGCAAUGAACUCGUAUCUGGUAACAGUGCACAACCAAGAAGGAAAUGUCUACAUUCAGCACCGUCAUAAUGGAGAGCGAUCAUGGAUUGGACUUAAUGACCGAAGCGUUGAGGGAUCAUUUGUCUGGACCAACAAGGAAAUAACCUUUUUUCGGUUCUGGGCUCCGCAACAACCAAACAACAGGAAAAACGAAGAUUGUGUUCACACUCUGGGUGCCAAUGAUGGCUACACUUGGAACGACGUUUCCUGCGAUAACCGCUAUAACUAUACUUGUGUUCGAGGUAAAAGCGGUCAUCAGGUCCGUUUUACAACUUACAUUAAAUGAUCUGUUAGUUGGCACCUGGGGUAAUCUUAUGUUCUGUAAAGGGUUGUGGCUCACUUCAAUAUUUUAUGCCAGGAAUGUAACCAAAACAACAAAAAAGCCAUCUAAUGUAAGGGCACAUUAAUGUAGUAUCAUCUUUCAGUCAGUUAGUAGAGGAGAUUGGUUGAGAAUGCAUCAAAGUUUAAGAUUUAGAUUUUUUCUUUUUUUUUCACAAUAAAUGAAUGCGACGUUUUUAUAGCCGGCCUGUGUACAGCGGACGCCCCCUCCCCCUUUUUUGAGGUGAGGGGGCGUCUGUACACAGGCUAGGUUUUUAUUGGUGAAAAGGAUCAAAAUGAUAAGAAUGCUAUUGAACGUUUCACACCGUCGGUUGAGUCCAAACACCUCUAACAAAAAAACAUACUAUUAUAAUAAAGGCGCUUGUAGGGCUUUAUAGACAUUCCACUGUUAUUAACUUUGUUUCAGUUUAUGUUUCAAACUCGUACGACUAUAUCAAGGUAAAAAUGGGCAUGCAGCCAAGCUUAUUAGACAGUUGUUAAGGUGUCAUAACGUGAGAUAAAAGCAUUGUGUGCAGUGUUUGGUAAAAUUCAAAGUAAUUUCGUUUUUUCUUUUCAAGAGUUUUAUGAUGAAUUCAAGUUGAGAAUCAUUUCAGAAAAUAAGCACGUAGCAAAAGAAAUGUGAGUGAAUGAAACACAGUGAUUUCUUUUAGAAAUUGACGAAUGCACAACUAACUAUCACAGAUGUAAUGUGAAUGCUGCUUGCCAGAAUACCGUGGGCUCAUACAAAUGUACUUGCAAAGCUGGAUACUCUGGAAAUGGCGGCAAAUGCGUUGGUAAGUACUGA